AGGGUAUAAAAUAAUGGGUUCUACUCCCUUUGUAGUACACUAAGUUCAAAAUAGAAAGCCAUUUGGGAUUCACCCUUGUACACAACAGCCAAUAUGCUGCAACCGUUUUUACAUCAUCCAUAUUCACUUCCUUGUAGGAAACGAUAUUUGCUAGUCCACGCCGUUUCGUUAUUUCACCGCCUGAAUGAGAGGCGAAUAACUGGCGAGAGCUAGCCAUGUCCGGUUCGCCACCGUCGGCCGAUUCGGCGGGAUUCUCGGCCUUUUACCCGGCCAGCUACCAGGCUCCAGAAACUCAUGGCCUGGACCGCACUUUUCGGCUCACGGCCUUUUCCGAUAUGAAAGGAUGAGGGUGCAAAGUCCCGCAGGAGACACUGCUCAAACUCCUGCAGGGACUGGAGCCCGAGGCCCAGCCGGCACAGGACGGAGCGGGGACAGGAGCCGGGGACGAGGCCUCGGAGUUCACUCAGCUGGCUGCGGUCUCACAGGGUCCCCGCCUGGGCAUAGGGAUGGAUUCUUGUGUCAUUCCUUUGAGGCAUGGAGGUUUGUCCCUGAUCCAGACUACAGAUUUCUUCUAUCCAUUAGUUGAAGAUCCCUAUAUGAUGGGUCGUAUAGCGUGUGCAAAUGUGUUGAGCGAUCUGUACGCGAUGGGAAUUACUGAUUGUGACAACAUGCUGAUGCUACUGAGUGUCAGUCAGAAGAUGAGUGAGAAGGAGAGAGAGCAGGUGAUGCCCUUAAUGAUGAAGGGUUUCCGUGACGCAGCAGAAGAGGGCGGGACCUCUGUGACAGGCGGACAGACAGUUGUGAACCCUUGGAUCAUCAUAGGGGGCGUGGCCACGGUAGUGUGCCAGCCUACUGACUUCAUCAUGCCAGAUGGUGCUGUACCGGGUGACGUGCUCGUUCUGACAAAACCUCUUGGAACCCAAGUAGCCGUCAACGCUCAUCAGUGGCUGAACAUACCAGAAAAAUGGAACAAGAUCAAGUUGGUGAUCUCAAAGGAGGAGGUGGAGCAUGCUUAUCAGGAGGCCAUGCUCAACAUGGCUACCCUUAACCGCACUGCUGCUGCUCUAAUGCACAAGUUCAACGCACACGCUGCCACUGACAUCACCGGCUUCGGGAUCAUUGGGCACGCACGGAACCUGGCCAAGCAGCAGCGCAAUGAAGUGGCCUUUGUUAUCCACAAUCUGCCAAUCCUCGCCAAGAUGGCUGCUGUCAGCAAAGCCGGUGGUAACCUGUUUGGCCUUCUGCACGGCACCUCCGCCGAGACUUCAGGUGGUUUGCUGAUCUGUCUGCCACGGGAGCAGGCAGCACGCUUCUGUGCUGAGAUGAAGGCGAGCCGGACGAGCUCACUGGGCGAUGGACAGCAGGCCUGGAUAAUUGGAAUCGUGGAGAAGGGUAGCCGCUGUGCACGCAUCAUUGACAAGCCCCGCAUCAUUGAGGUGCCAUAUCGUGGCCUCGCAGCAGGCAACACACAGGAGGGCACCAACACCAUCACCACUCCCACCGCCACCAACACCAGCAGCACCCCUGCUGAAGCUCAGGCCAGCCUGGCACAGUGACACAGCCUCUAACACAAGAGUGUAAUAGGAAUGUUCAUUGUUCAUCUUUGUGCUUUGUACAUUUCACCUCUCUCUCUCUGGAUGUGGCUACUCUGGUUGUGUGAGUCCUGAAGGGUGUGUACUUUACAAAUGUGUGAUGUGUAGUUUGUGCUGGUAAGACUGGGAUAACUGUGUGUGUGUGUGUGUGUGUGUGUGUGUGUGUGUGUGUGUGUGUGUGUGAGAGAGAGAGAGAGAGAGAGAGAGAAUGAAUGCAUGCAUGCAUGUAGUGAGAGUGAGUGUGGUAGUGUGCAUGUGUGAAUCAGAGGGAAUAUGAGAGAGGGGAUUUGUGCAUUCACUCCGCUUUUCAUUUCAUCUCCCUGUUCAGCCGAUGGGUUGAGAGCAACAGACCAAAAAUUUUCUUUUUACCUGGUGGGAGGUGGAAUGGAUUGCUUGUUUUUCUUUUUUCUUUCUUUUUCAUCCACUGUACUCUGUCAAUCCAGUGAUAGAAAAGCUUCCCCUUCUAACCCUUGGGUAUAUUUUUGCUGAAAAGAAUGUUCACUGAACAAGCAUUGUAGUUGUAGGCACAAGUUGCAAAACCCAAACUGAUGGCUUGUUGGAAGCACUUUGACUUUUUUCAGUUUUCCAUCACAGUUUUGCAAAGUCCAGACCCUUUCGAUCAAAUGCAUCUUUUUAUGACAAUCAAAGCCAAUUAAAUCCAUUAGAAAACAUUCUUUCAGCAAACCUUGGGGAAUUCAAAUACAAUCAAAUCAAGCCAAACAAAUUGCUGAAAAUAAUAUUUAAUAUGGGCAUAUUUAAUUUAUUUGAUAUUUAAUUAUAUUAUGUGUUUGUGUCAUAGAUUGAAUGCAAUCAACCAAAUUAGGGAAGGUUAAAUAACUGAUUAUUCUGGUGCCGUUGUUUUAGUUCUGAUCAGCUCGACUUUCUCAUAUAGUUGCUUAGCUGUCUGAGAUGGUUGAAUGACUUGUUAAAUGUUUACAUUCAUGUAGGUCUCUGGAAUAUGUGCUUUAGUAUUAAUUUGUGAAACAUUUUGCAUUUGAUCAUGUGCUGUGUAUCUGUACUGAGGUUGGCACUGGGGUUUUAAAAUCAUUGCUAGUAUUGGUGCAUUCUUUUCAUUAUGUAUUUAGGCUGCAGUAGCUUUUGGGAGGUGUGUACCUGGUUUUGUGUGAUGCUUAGAAUUAUGGCAAGCCUGUUUUCUUAUUAAUGCUGAGGUAUAUGUCACAUAUCCUCUCUCUGUGCUAGCAUUCUCAUUUUGAUCAGUGGGAAAUCGGAUGUCGGACUCCUCCCCAUGGAUCAGAGCGAGGAUUGAGCAGCUCUCUUUGGUCCUGUGGGUGAGGCCGGAAUCCCAGAGUCAUCAGCUGAAUGGCUGCAGUGGAUCAGAAGCACUCACCCUUCCUGCUCAUGAUGCAUUUCCCGUUAAACCCCAGCCAAUGGGGAUGGGAGAAGUUGAUGUUACUUGUAAGGAUGGGUGGGACCUGGUCUGCUUAGUCUAUUCAGCUGACUCAGGCUUUGUCCUGAUUUACAUGUCAUCUUCAGACAAUAAAACAGAUGAAGGGUUUUGUGUAAA